AUGGCGUCGUCUUCCAACAACACUGCUGGCGCGAACAAUCAGGAGCAGCUAAAAAGAGAGAUGCUUCAGCGAUUACUGCAUAAAGUUUCCCAGGUCAUGCACAGACAACCCCUCGAUGUGGACUAUUUGCAGUUUGUUAUCGACCAUGAGAUGGUCCUUUUAAGAUCUUUGUCCGAUCAGGUUGAGAUCCCUCAAAGUAUUAUAAAUGCUCUGAUAGAGCUGUCAACUGUGCUCAGUAUGGAGGACGUCAAUGAACAAACCCCCUCUCAGAUGUCAGUGUCAGAAGGAAAGCUGGGACGUCCAAAUUACAAUGUAUCGCCUGUACAGCUCCAGAUACUGACAGAAAUGUUCUUAUCAAUCACCCAAAUUGCAAAACUUCUUGGAAUAUCUGUGAGGACAGUGAAACGUCGUUUGCAUGAAUAUGGCAUUUCCAUAAAGCAGUGCUACAGUACAACAAGUGAUGAAGAGCUGGACAAUUUAGUAAGAUCUAUAAAGACAAGAACACCUCAUGUUGGAUACAGGAUGAUGAAAGGGAUGCUUCAAGCCAUGGGCCACCAUGUACAGUGGAAGAGAGUGUACUCGUCGAUGCACCCUGUGGACUCUGCUGGUAUUUUCUCAAGAAUGACAAGGCUGGGAUUUGUGGUCCGAAGGACAUAUUCAGUGCAAGGUCCUCUUUACUUGAUGCAUAUAGACACAAACCAUAAACUAAUAAGAUUUGGCCUGGUGAUAUUCGGAGGGAUAGAUGGGUACUCAAGAAAGAUCAUGUACCUGGGUGCUGCUGCCAACAACAGAGCAUCAACUGCACUUGCUUUCUUCUUGGAGGCUGUACAAAAGUAUGGCUUUCCAUUGAGAGUUCGAGGGGAUCAAGGGGUGGAAAAUGUUGGAAUAGCAAGAUGCAUGUUCACCAUCCGGGGCUGUGGAAGAGGAAGCUUUCUGUCAGGCAAGAGUGUUCACAACCAAAGAAUAGAGCGCUUGUGGCGAGAUGUGUGGAUGGCUGUUUCAAGCGUGCACUAUGAAACCCUUCACAACCUCGAGGAUGAAGGCCUUCUGGAUCCAACUGAUGGUGUCCACAUGUUUUGUGCCCAACAUACAUUUCUUCCACGUCUGCAGAGGGAUCUGGAUGUCUUUAGACAGGGUUGGGAUAACCACCCUCUAAGGACAGAGAGGAAUCUGUCCCCACAACAACUGUGGACACUGGGACUCCACCAGAAUCCAGUUGAUACUCCAGAUACAGGGGAGAAUGCUUUAAGUGAUUGUCCAUCUGGACCAUCAAGUGCUGCCUCAUGA